UGAAAAUUUAAAUUCAACAAUUUAAUCCAACAAUCAUUUUUUAUAAGGUCUUGCUUGCAUCGGUCGACUAUUUAAUUUUAUCAUAAUGGCAGACACAUCAUAUCCAGAAAUAUGGAACGGUGUUGCGUGUACGACACGUUUUACGUACGCAACUGGUCACGUUUUAAAUGAUAUUUGCGCUUCGAUGUGGUUCACAUAUCUACUUAUCUAUUUUAAUUUAGUUUUGGAUUUUAAUCCUACGCAAUCCGGAAUUGUUCUUCUUAUUGGACAGAUUGCAGAUGCAUUAUCUACGCCUUUUGUGGGUUAUCAAUCUGAUAGGAAUGAUAAUUUUUGGAUGUGUCGAUAUGGGCGUAGAAAAACAUGGCAUUUAAUAGGAACAAUUUGCACGUUAACAACUUUCCCGUUUAUAUUUGGAAGUUGUGUCGGCUGUGAAGAAAGUGAUACAUGGGCUCAACUUAUUUAUUACGCUUCAUUUGUGAUCGUAUUUCAAUUUGGAUGGGCGGCCGUCCAAAUAUCACAUCUGUCACUGAUACCUGAAUUAACACCCAACGAACAUGAGCGAACACGUUUAACUGCGCUACGAUAUAGUUUUACGGUAUUCUCAAAUAUUUUGGUAUACUCUAUAACAUGGUGGUCGUUGGGUGUAGACACUACAGGUGAUGGACGUGUCUCACCUGCCGAUGCACCAAAAUUUCGUCGAGUUGUUUGGAUUGGAUUAGUUGUUGGUACAAUAUGUUCCACAAUCUUUCAUAUUGGUGUACGCGAACCAGAUAACAUUCUUGCAGAGUACAACGAUGCAACCCGAUUGAAUAUACAAGGUCAAUCGCCACGACGUACAAUUAAAAAUGUAUUUCAGGACGGGAAUUUAUAUUUGGUGGCAUGUGUUUACAUGUCGACUCGAUUAUUCGUGAACCUGAGUCAAGUGUUGUUACCAUUAUACUUACAUGAAACGCUCAAACUAAGCGCUCAAUUAUUAGCAGUGAUUCCACUUUGUGUCUACCUCAGUAGUUUUGCAACAUCAUUUGUCGUACAUUCAUUGAACAAGGAAUCGGGCCGAAAGAUGGCGUUUUUCGCUGGUGUUGUGUGGGGUGUAAUUGCAUGUUUCUGGAUGCGUUUUCGUGACGGACCAAAUUAUCUUCACUAUGAAAUAUAUGGAGUGGCAGUUUUACUUGGGGCCUCUGGUUCGAUGCUAUUAGUGACCAGUUUAGGUUUAACAGCUGAUUUUAUCGGAACGGAUACGGAUCGUGGUGCAUUUGUUUACGGUUUGAUGAGUUUUUCCGAUAAAUUAUCAAAUGGUAUUGCUGUUAUAAUCAUUCAACAUUUACACUCAACGAUUUUCCCCGAAUCAACAUACUAUCGAGAUGCGUUAUGUUACGUUUGUGGUGGUUCUGCAGUAUUUGGCUUAAUUUCUAUAAUAAUAUUGCGUACAACGAAUUUAGGACGUACGCAUUUAUAUGAAAAUUUAAAUGAAGAUCCUGUUCCACGGCCUCAAAUUAUUAACGAAACGAUUGAUCAUUAAUGAGCGACUAAUUUAGUUUAUAAUUUGUAUGCGCAUUAAACUGUUGCGCAUGUCACACCAAUCUAGAAGAAUUUAUUUUGUUUUUGUUGUUGAAUUUAUUAGUUUUAAAUUUAUUUAUUUUUUUAUUAUUCCGACGUAAUUAUAAAGGGUGUCCAAAAUGAAUUCAGUAAACAUGGAUGGUACUUUAAAUAAAAUUUAUGGCGAUAACAAACCAUAGAAAAUACUCGACCAAUCGCC